GACAUGAUGUCAUAAGGCUGCGCCUGCUCCUGCAUCUGUGAUUCUGCUGAAGAAAGUGUCCAAACACACAGAGAAACUCCUGGUGAAGCGACUGAGAUCCACGUGACACACUAUUAUAAAGAUGGAGUCUAUUAAAGAGGAAAGUGAAGACGUGAAGAUUGAAGAAACAUUCAGAGUCAAACAUGAAGAAACUGAGGAACAAACAGGCCUGAUGGUGCUGAAAGAGGAGAGUCAAGAACUGAAUGAAAUUGAAGAGAAAAAUCAGUAUAACAAUUAUCAUAAUUUAGUGACAGAGGAAAAAUCUACUAGUUAUUCACAGACUAAUAAGACAGAAACUACAAACCUCCAGAUGAGAGUUCACACUGGAGAGAAGCCUCACACCUGCCAACAGUGUGGAAAGAGUUUCUCACUAAAAGGAAAUUUAAGUGUUCACACGAGAGUUCACACUGGAGAGAAGACGUCCAUAUGCUCUCAGUGUGGAAAGAGGUUUAGACAGAAAAGGGACCUUAAUAUCCACAUGAGAGUUCACACAGGAGAGAAGCCGUUCAUAUGCACUCAGUGUGGAAAGAGUUUUAGACAGAAAAAAGACCUUAAUGCCCACAUGAGAAAUCACACUGGAGAGAAGCCUUACACCUGCAAACUGUGUGAGAAAAACUUUACAGUAAAAGCAAAUCUGAAGAAUCACAUGAGAGUUCACACAGGAGAGAAGCCGUUUAUAUGCACUCAGUGUGGAAAGAGUUUUAAACAGAAAAAAGACCUUAAUGCCCACAUGAGACAUCACAUUGGAGAGAAGCCUUACACCUGCAAACUGUGUGAGAAGAACUUUACAGUAAAAGGAAAUCUGAAGACUCACAUGAGAGUUCACACUGGAGAGAAGCCGUUCAUAUGCACUCAGUGUGGAAAAAGAUUUACACAGAAAAAAAACCUUAAUGGCCACUUGAGAAUUCACACUGGAGAGAAGCCUUUCUCCUGCCAACAGUGUGGAAAGAGCUUCACACUAAAAGGAAAUUUAAAAAUUCACAUGAGAGUUCACACUGGAGAGAAGCCAUUCAUAUGCUCUCACUGUGGAAACAGUUUUAAACUGAAAAGAUACCUUAAAGUCCACAUGACAAUUCACACUGGAGAGAAGCAGUUUGUUUGUGAUCAGUGUGGAAAGAGCUUCAGAAAUAAAGCACAAUUUAAUCUUCACAUGAGGAUUCACUCGGGAGAGAACUGUUUUAUAUGUCAUCACUGUGGAAAGAGUUUCACACACAAAGCAAGCUUUGAGAAACACACAAGAGUUCACACUGGAGAGAAGCCUUUCACCUGCCCUCAGUGUGGAAAGCGCUUCAAUAAUAAAGGAAACCUUCAGAUUCAUGUGAGAGUUCACACUGGAGAGAAGCCUUACAAGUGUCUAGAGUGUGAGAAGAGUUUCACAUGUCACACAACCCUGAAAAGGCAUUUGCAAACUCAUUCUGAAAAGAAACCGCUGUUUUCCUCCAUAUGAUGAUGUUUGGAUAAAGGAGCAAUUUCAGCAAUAAUCUGCCCAUUCACUCAAUUCAAUUGUGAUUAAUGCAAUAAAAACAUCACACUUGCACUUAAAUAUGAAAAAUCAUGUAAAUGUGAGACCUUGUUUGUGUUCUUUGUUAAAGAGUUAUUGCCUCAUAA